AUGAUCGGGAAAUGGCUGCUUCUGCCCGUUUAUCUACUUAUACACCAUCAUUCCCCUGCGCCCGUUUAUCUUCGGGAUAAUUCCUCCUUUUCUAUCCAUCCUUAUCCAAUUCAUUGUGCUAUAAGUUUACCAUUCCCCCCACCUCAAUUUUGUCUCACACGUUCCUUACCUAUCCUACCUACCUCGCCUUUCGUCUGGUUUCCGGUCCCAUCCUGCAUUUGUUGUCCUUCUAACUCCCACCUCAUCCUGGGCUUCGUACAUACACGAGACCUCAGAGAGGGCGAGCGGGUUGAAGAGGGCGUCACGUCUGGUGGACUUGGGCCCUGGAUGAAGGCAUGCUCAUCGGGCGGCUUGCGUGUCUACCCUCUCUCUUAUGAACAUCGAUGAACGCCAUUUAUUCCUGUACCACGUAGUUGAAAUAAUUGCAAUCUCCAAAGCUGUAGUCAAAUAGUAAUAAACACGUCGGCAUUGC